AUGACUAAAAUUGAUGAUGUCGCGACGAAACCAAGGGCCUUCAGUCCUUACGCGCGCGUGAGCUUUAUCUGGUCGCGGCUGCCGUCGGUCGUCGUCAUCGUCGUCGCGCAGCUCCUCCAAGCCCGUUUCUCUCUCCCUACGCCCCGCGUUACUUCUCUGCACUGCUUCCUCUGCUCCAUCUUCAAGCACGCCGCGCUCCAAAUCGCCUGUUGUUCCUCUUCCCCAGCCAUGGCCGCGCCUGGCUCGCCGGUGUUCAGGCCGCGGCUUCCUCCUCCAACUCCGGUCGGCCAAGAGCCUAGCUGCCCCCUUGCUUCUCUCCCUCCAUUUCCCAGCAGCGCCCUGUGCCUAUCGAAGCCCUUCUAUGGCGCGCGUGGAUUUCUCCUCCUCCAUCCCCAGCCAGCCUGCGAGCUCCUCCCUCCUCCCUGCAUCCAUGGAGCUCGGCGCCCAUCUCCAUGGCUCGCCCUGCGUCCAGCCGUCGCACCCGGUUCCGAGUCCCUUUCCUGGCCGAGUUCCCUGCUCCAUCUCUGCCCUCUGUCGGCGCUCUAGCUCCUCCAUCCAUGGCCAUGCCUGCUGCUCGUCGGUGCUCGCCGCGGGAGACGACGCUUGGUCGCCCAACCUUCCAGCUCCUCCCUGCUGUCGUGUCCCUAG